AUGGAGGGCGGCGGCUGCGGCGGCAGGACCCAGGCCUUGGAGAUCGGGGAGGCAGAUGCCAACUGGGAGCUGAUCCGGGACAAGGUCAUCGAGGAGCGCUUUGGGCCGGCGGUGGUGCCGGUGCCCUUCCUGGCGGACGCUGCCUCCUACGACCUGCUGACGGUGCUGGUCAAGAAGCUGCAGCUGGGGCACGGCCUCUUGCGCCGGCCGCGCUGCCUGGUGCCCGCAGGGCCGCUGGAGAGCCUGCUGCAGGCGGGCGCGGGCACGCAGGAGCUGAGCCACGGCACGCGCGAGUACAGCGCCCGCGAGAGGGGCGAGUCGCGCUACGAGGAGACGCGGCUGGUGGGGGGCGCGCUGCGCCACAUCCGCCUCUCCAUGGCCGGCGUGCACAAGAGGGUGGCCUUCCUGGCGCUGCGCCCCGGCGCCGUGGCCCUGCGCGCCGACCUGCCCUGGCUGCGCGCCCAGCGCAGCAUCUACGUGAUCCACGAGGUCUUCUACUGCGGCGGCCUGGCCCUGGCCGUCACGCAGGGCGCCGAGCAGCGCCGCUUCCUCCGCGAGCAGCCGCUCCCCGUGGCCUUCUGCUGCCUCAAGAUCGCCGUCGGCGGCAAGGGCGUGCUGGGCUCGCAGAAGCCCGGCGGGCGCGGCCUGCCCGCCCGGGCCGCCUGGCUGAGGACGGCGGUGCUGGAGCGCCCCCCCGCCGCCGCGCCCCCGGGCCCGGCCCUGCGCAGGGAGAGCCCGGAAGGGCGCCGGCGGUGGAGGCCCCUGGGGGGGCCCCCGCGGGCGCUGGCAGGGAAAUGGCUGUUCCAGAGGCACCGGCCCGUGCGAGGCCCCUCCAGCACCAGCCUGGCUGACCCGGAGAGGCACUCCAUGUCCCUGCCCCUCCUGCAGAGCAACGUGGCCGACAGCGACACGGAGGAGUGA